UCCCGAGUCCCCGUCAGGCAAAGGCUGCCCAAAGAGGUGAAGCUGGUGGCCGGGCCGGGAACAUGAGGCAGUUUCUCCUCUUCCUGACCAGCUGGGUUUCUUUCGUGCUGGCGCGGCGGCCUCCGGACAAGCCCGGCUUUGGCUCCCCGCAGCGACUCGAAAAGCUUGAUUCUUUGCUUUCAGACUGUGAUAUCCUGUCUUUAUCCAAUAUCCAACAACACUCGGUAAGAAAAAGGGAUCUACAGGCCUCAACACAUUUAGAAACAUUACUAACUUUUUCAGCCUUGAAAAGGCAUUUUAAAUUAUACCUGACGUCAAGUACUGAACGCUUUUCCCAGAAUUUUAAGGUCGUGGUGGUAGAUGGUAAAGAUGAAAGUGAGUAUGCCGUCAAAUGGCAGGACUUCUUCAGUGGACAUGUGGUUGGUGAGCCUGACUCUAGGGUUUUAGCCCAUUUAGGAGAUGAUGAUAUUACAGUAAGAAUCAACACAGAUGGGGCAGAAUAUAACAUAGAGCCACUUUGGAGACUAAUUAAUGAUACUAAAGACAAAAGAAUGUUAGUUUAUAAAUCUGAAGAUACCAAGAAUGUUUCACGUUUGCAGUCUCCAAAAGUGUGUGGUUAUAUGAAGGCAGAUAAUGAAGAGUUGCUUUCAAAAGGGCUAGUGGACAGAGAGCCACCUGACGCAUACAAGUUCAUAUUAGAGCUUGUUCGCUGGGUGAAGAGAAGAGCUGGCCCUGAUCCCAUGAAGAACAUAUGUAAAUUACUGGUGGUGGCAGAUCAUCACUUUUACAAAUACAUGGGCAGAGGGGAAAAGAGUACAACUACAAAUUACUUGAUAGAACUAAUUGACAGAGUCGAUGACAUCUAUCAGAACACUUCAUGGGACAAUGCAGGUUUUAAAGGUUAUGGAAUACAGAUAGAGCAGAUUCGCAUUCUCAAGUCUCCACAAGAGGUAAAACCUGGUGAAAGGCACUACAAUAUGGCAAAAAGUUAUCCAAAUGAAGAGAAGGAUGCUUGGGAAGUGAAGAUGUUGCUAGAGCAAUUUAGCUUUGAUAUAGCUGAAGAAGCAUCUAAAGUCUGCCUAGCACAUCUUUUCACCUAUCAAGAUUUUGAUAUGGGGACUCUUGGAUUAGCUUAUGUUGGUUCUCCCAGAGCAAACAGCCAUGGAGGUGUUUGUCCAAAGGCUUAUUAUAGUCCUAUUGGAAAGAAAAAUAUCUAUUUGAAUAGUGGUUUGACCAGCACAAAAAAUUAUGGUAAAACCAUUCUUACAAAGGAAGCUGACCUUGUUACAACUCAUGAAUUGGGACACAAUUUUGGAGCAGAACAUGAUCCGGAUGGCCUAGCGGAAUGUGUACCGAAUGAGGACCAGGGAGGCAAAUAUGCUAUGUAUCCCAAAGCUGUGAGUGGAGAUCAUGAGAACAAUAAGAUGUUUUCAAACUGCAGUAAACAGUCCAUCUUAAAGACCAUUGAAAACAAGGCCCAGGAGUGUUUUCAAGAGCACAGCAACAAAGUAUGUGGGAACUCCAGGGUGGACGAAGGAGAGGAGUGCGAUCCUGGCAUCAUGUACCUGAACAACGAUACCUGCUGCAGCAGCGACUGCACGCUGAAGCAGGGCGUUCAGUGCAGUGACAGGAACAGUCCUUGCUGUAAAAACUGUCAGUUUGAAACUGCCCAGAAGAAGUGCCAAGAGGCUAUAAAUGCUACUUGCAAAGGCGUGUCUUACUGCACAGGGAACAGCAGUGAAUGUCCCCAUCCUGGAAAUGCUGCAGAUGACACGGUGUGCUUGGACCUUGGCCAAUGUAAAGACGGGAAGUGUGUUCCCUUCUGUGAGAGGGAGCAGCAGCUGGAGUCCUGUGCAUGUAACGAGACUGACCACUCCUGCAAGGUGUGCUGCAAGGACCCCUCAGGCCACUGUGUGUCCUACGUCUAUGCUGAACAGAAGAACCUAUUUUUAAGGAAAGGAAAGCCCUGUACAGUAGGAUUUUGUGACAUGAAUGGUAAAUGUGAGAAAUGAGUACAGAACGUCAUUGAGUGGUUUUGGGACUUCAUUGACCAGUUGAGCAUUAAUACUUUUGGGAAAUUUCUGGCAGACAACAUUGUUGGUUCUGUCCUGGUCUUCUCCUUGAUAUUCUAGAUUCCUUUCAGCAUUCUCGUCCAUUGUAUGGAUAAGAAGCUGGAUAAGCAGUAUGAAUCUCUGUCCCUCUUUCACCCCAGUAAUGUUGAAAUGCUAAGCAGCAUGGACUCGGCAUCAGUUCACAUCAUCAAACCCUUUCCUGCACCCCAGACCCCCGGCUCCCUCCAGCCCCUGCAACCUGUUCCUGUGAUGCCUUUGGGGCCUGUGGCUCCAAAACUGGACCACCAGCGAAUGGACACCAUCCAGGAAGACCCCAGCACAGACUCACACGUGGAUGAGGAUGGCUUUGAGAAGGACCCCUUCCCAAACAGCAGCAGCACAGCCACCAAAUCGUUUGAGGAUCUCACAGACCAUCCGGUCACUAGAAGUAAAAAGGCCUCGUCCUUUAAGCUGCAGCGUCAGAAUCGUGUUGACAGUAAAGAAACGGAGUGCUAAUUUAGGAAUUCAUGUUCUAAGCUCUUCAACUGUGCAAAAAUAUUUUUAUAGAUUUGACCUAAAAUUACUGCAUAUAUUUUGUGAAGAUUUGGGAGAAAUAAGGAAGUGACUUCACAGCAGAUGCUGGUCAUGUGUUUGGACUUCCUUCGCAUACAAGGUUAGGCCCUUUUCCUUUUGAAGAGGUAAGGUAAAUCUAGCUUAUUUUGAGGCUUUCAGGUUUUAGUAUUUUUGAUUUUUAAAAUAUCCUUCAACCUGUGGUGCAAAAGCAGAAAAUACAGCUGGAUGAAGUAAUACGAAUAUUUACAUUUUUGUAAAUUAACUUUUAUAC